GCUCAUUGCUCAUCUUCACUCGGACUUCAGAUGCUCAGGGCCUUUAAAGUGUCUGUCUGCUUAGUGAGAGAUAGCGCUAUUGAAUUAUCCAGCUUUACCUAAAAAAACAAACCAUCGAAAUAACCUAAAAAACAACAACAAUGGGCUGCGUUCAAAGUUUCAGGGAGUUAUGUGAUCGUCCAAAAAAUACUAAUGUUCGUGUCAGUCUUCCAGCAGUUUGCAUCGUAUGGCAGACGGCUAUGAUCAUCUUGUUUGGGGUUUUUAUUCGAUACAAUGAAGAAUCGGAUCCACACUGGAGCGAGUACCGAAGAGCUAAGAAUAUAUCGAGUGACAUUGAGAAUGACUUCUACUUCAGAUAUCCAAGUUUCCAGGACGUCCACGUUAUGAUCUUUGUUGGAUUCGGCUUCUUGAUGACAUUCCUUAAGAGGUACAGCUUCGGCGCCGUGGGUUUCAACUUCCUCAUCGCAGCCUUCGGCCUCCAAUGGGCACUGCUGAUGCAAGGCUGGUUCCACUCCCUGGACUACACUGAUGGAAAGAUCAAAAUUGGAAUUGAAAACCUCAUCAAUGCAGACUUCUGUGUGGCUGGCUGCCUAAUUGCCUACGGGGCAGUGCUGGGCAAAGUCAGUCCAGUCCAGCUGAUGGUUCUGACCCUGUUUGGCAUCACGUUGUUUGCUGUGGAGGAGUACAUCAUCCUGGAUCUCAUACACGCCAGAGAUGCUGGAGGCUCCAUGGUGAUCCACACAUUCGGAGGUUAUUACGGUCUUUCCAUCUCAUGGAUGCUCUAUCGGCCAAAUCUGGACCAGAGCAGUCACCUGCAGGGCUCCGUCUAUCACUCGGAUGUCUUCGCCAUGAUUGGCACCCUCUUCCUGUGGAUGUUCUGGCCCAGUUUCAACUCAGCCGUCACAGACCACGGGGACGGGCAGCACAGAGCCGUCAUCAACACCUACCUGGCUUUGGCCUCGACUGUGCUCACUACUGUGGCCAUCUCGAGCCUCUUUCAGAAGCACGGGAAACUGGACAUGGUCCACAUCCAGAACUCUACCCUCGCUGGAGGCGUUGCAGUGGGAACAGCAGCCGAGUUCAUGCUGAUGCCCUACGGAUCUCUGAUCGUCGGAUUCUGCUGUGGAAUCAUCUCCACGCUGGGGUACAUCUACCUUACGCCGUUCAUGGAGAAGUACCUGAAGAUCCAGGACACCUGUGGAAUCCAUAACCUCCACGCCAUGCCAGGAGUCAUCGGAGGAGUUGUGGGAGCCAUUACUGCUGCAGCUGCGUCAGAAUCAGUUUAUGGCACUGAAGGGCUGAUUAACACCUUCGACUUUGAGGGUGAUUUUAAAAACGUGGCACCCAGGCGGCAGGGUGGUCUCCAGGCUGCAGGCCUCUGUGUGGCCAUCUGCUUCGGUGUAGGCGGAGGCAUCAUCGUCGGUUGUAUCUUAAGACUACCCAUCUGGGGAGAUCCUGCAGAUGACAAUUGCUUCAAUGAUGAACCCUACUGGGAGCUUCCUGACGACGAGGAGAGCAUCCCACCGAUCCUGCAGUACAACAACCACACGCACAACAAAGAUAUAGUGGAGUCAAAUUUCACCGUGGAGCAGAACUCACGCUAGGCCUCGAUCCUGAUCACACGUGAACUGUUUGUUCCUUUUAUUCUCCUGGUGGACAGAAAUAUUCCUUGUCAUACAAUUCUUCCUCACCAUUUAUUUUUCCAACAAUCAAUUGCUGUUAACAGGUUGUCGUUUUUUGUUUGAAGUGGGGGAUAAUCUCGCAGAGGAAUCAGAUAUUUUCUUUUUUCCGCAGCACAUUUAUUUCAGUUUAAAUCGACAAAUAUCCUAUAAAAAUUAUAUUCAUUUCAACAUUUAGGUUCAGGUGCUGAACUAACCUCAUAAAAACAGGCUCAGAGCUGCACCAAGCUAACUUUGAACAUGACUGUGAGACAAAGACAAACGUGGUUCCUGGAAGUGCUUGUGAAAUAUUUGAGAUCAUGAUGUGUAUUACUUUUGCCUCAGAGACAUUGAGUUGCACUUAAAGGAUUUUUCCUCUGGAACUUUCACGUCUUCUCAUGACAGACUGCACUUGAAAUCUGACAGAAAUGUUUGUCCUGAAAGCUUUCUUUGCGGUAUAUGUUUGUUUGCAUAGUUGGAUCUUUUCCAUAUUCCCAAUAGGUACUGUAUAUAAACAUAGAACUUAAUUUUUGUGUCCCUUUUGCAUUUAUAUGCACUUUAUAAUCACCUAAUAAAGGUUUAUUUCACUAACAUGUAGUCAUAUGCUCAUGAAAGUAUAUUUGAAAGAGUUUAUUGAUGUAUAGUAUUUGUCAACAAUUCCAACUUCUGCAGGCAUUUAUUGACAAUCUUACGUAUGAUUUAUUAUGUCUUCAAAAUAAUUCAUAAAAUUUUUAUGUGCUGCUUAUAAAUACAUGUUGCACGUAAGUUUGUCAAAAAAUGAUAUUUGUACAUUUGGAUGUUGUACACAGGAGAAUACUUAUGUCAUGUUGUUUUGAAAGGUGAUGUUCGUCGAUGGUGAUGUAAUUUGGAAUAUUAAUAAACGUUAUUGAUAAAC